AUAAUCACGCUAUUAUUCUUAGUGCUGAACUAUGGCGCCUUCUGUCUAAUUUACAGCUUGGAUUUUAUUGUUUGUUUUGCUUUGUUUAUUUUUAUAUUCGUAAGACGCUGCUGUAGAUUCUUGUUUUGUUUUGUUAGCAACAGUUCAGCUCUGUGGAUUCACGAUCGAGUUAAAAUGUCUGCACACGGAAGCGCGCUUGAAGGAUCAGAGGAGGUUUAUCGGGGCAACCAGGAGAACAUGCCUGGUCGGUUGCGAGCUGUUCACAAGAACCGGGUGGAGAAUCAGGAAAAUAUGAACCCCAAGCCGGCUAACAGGACUGUACUUGGCGCUCUUGUUAACAAUCCACGCCGACAGCCGGGUCUGCGCGGUACAAAACAGGGUGCGGCAACCCAACCACUAGCUUGUAAGUCUGAAGACUAUGGGAAAAGCUGUACAGGAAAGCCCUCAACCAAGCAGCCUGCCUUUCAAAUUCAUGUUGAUGAACCUGAUGGGGCCUGCUCCAAAAAACAAGCAUCAGCCAAACAAGCCACCGUAGACUGCUCUCCUCUAACACUUAACCCCACCGUGACACGGUUAAGGCAACCCCUCGCUAGUAUUGACCUUCCCAUGGAUCUCAGUUUUGAUUCUCCCAUGGACAUGUCUAUUGUUGAGGGUGAAGACAGGCCUGUAAAUGUAAAUGAAGUUGCUGUUUAUGCUGCUGAAAUUCACACACACUUGAGGGAGAUGGAGCUUAAAUGCAGACCAAAAGCUGCCUACAUGAAAAAGCAACCAGACAUCACAAACAGCAUGCGUGCCAUUCUGGUGGACUGGCUAGUUGAGGUCGGCGAGGAGUACAAGCUUCAGAACGAGACGUUAUAUCUUGCCGUAAACUACAUUGACCGCUUUUUGUCCUCCAUGUCGGUCCUAAGGGGUAAACUGCAACUUGUUGGCACAGCGGCUAUGCUCUUGGCAUCGAAGUUUGAAGAGAUUUACCCUCCAGAGGUGGCUGAAUUCGUUUACAUAACAGAUGACACCUACACGAAGAAACAAGUGUUAAGAAUGGAGCAUCUGGUACUAAAGGUCCUCUCUUUUGAUCUGGCAGCACCAACGAUCAUGCAGUUCCUCACCCAGUACUUUCUUAAGCAAAGAGUCAGUAACAAAGUUGAAAGCUUGUCAAUGCUUCUUGGUGAGCUGAGUUUAGUAGAUGCAGACCCUUUCUUGAAGUAUCUUCCAUCUCAAGUUGCUGCUGCAGCCUUUAUUUUGGCAAACUACACGAUCACAGGGGGAUCAUGGUCCAAGGCAAUGGUUGAACUGACGGGCUACACGCUGGAAAACCUCAUGCCAUGUAUCCAGGAUCUCCAUCAGACAUACCUCGGUGCUUCUCAACAUGCACAGCAGUCUGUCAGGGAAAAAUACAAGAACUCCAAGUACCAUGAGGUUUCCUUGAUUGAGCCACCUGAGAGACUGGUACUGAAUUAACCCUGACUUUUUUUGCACAUAGAUUCCAGAUUCUAAAAGGGAAUGUGUAAACGUACCCAAAUGUUGCACAUUCCGAUAUCAUCUACUACUGGACACCAUAGCCUUCAUGUCAAAAAUAUGGACAGCAUGUUGUAUAACCUUUUUUUUAUUUACAGUCCUGCAGGAUUGUUUUAUGCUUGAUGUAACCAUAUAUUUUGUACAGUUGGUAAUCAAGCU